AUGCAUCCGCAUCUGCACACGGAAGAAGUGCAAAAGAACUGCGCCGACGUGGUAGCCGCGCUGGAAGAAUGCCACGCCCACGGGUUCCUGUGGAAAGUGACGGGCAACUGCACCGACGCCAAGCACAAGGUCAACAUGUGUCUGCGCGGCAUCCGGCUCGAGCGCACGCGCCAGAACCGCGAGGCUGCCAAGGAGAAGCGCGACAAGAUCAAGAAGGUGUGGAAGGAGCUGGAUGAGAAUAAGUAA